GUUUUCAAAGAAAUCAAUAAAAUAAGUACAUAGUUUAAUCCCAUGAUCAUUAUUUUAUUCUUCCGUAUACUUUUCUGGUUGUGAGAAUGGCUGCAGUUGCCCACUUUAUUUGUCUCUCUCUUUCCCUUCCAACCUCAUCCCAUUCCGUUUUCUCUGCAGUACUCAAUUGAUCCCUUUGUUUUUCUAUUCGUUCUGAGAGCUUUGUGUGUAUGGCCGGCAUAGACUUGGGUUCAGCAUCACAUUUUGUUCAUCAUCGCCUUCAACGCCCUGACCUUGAAGAUGAUGAGAACCAACAAGACCAAGACAACAACGUUAACACUCACGAAGGGCUUGACCUAGUUACACCAAAUCCAGGUCCUGGUGAUGUUGUUGGUCGCAGGCCUAGAGGAAGACCUCCAGGUUCAAAGAACAAGCCAAAACCACCUGUUAUCAUCACAAGAGAGAGUGCAAACACGCUUAGGGCUCACAUCCUUGAAGUCAGUAGUGGCUGUGAUGUGUUUGACUCGGUCGCCACCUAUGCAAGGAAGCGACAGAGAGGGAUCUGUGUUCUCAGUGGAAGUGGCACCGUGACUAACGUGACGUUACGGCAGCCGGCCGCAGCCGGUGCCGUCGUCACACUACACGGGAGAUUUGAGAUCCUGUCCUUAUCAGGAUCUUUCCUCCCACCACCAGCUCCACCAGAUGCUACAAGUUUGACCGUGUUCCUUGGUGGAGGACAGGGUCAAGUGGUGGGAGGAAAUGUUGUUGGUCCAUUGGUAGCUUCUGGACCUGUUAUUGUUAUUGCUUCAUCUUUUACUAAUGUGGCAUACGAGAGGUUGCCCUUGGAUGAAGAUGAAUCUAUGCAUAUGCAACAAGGGCAGUCAUCUGCUGGAGGUGGUAGUGGUGGCAGCGGUGGUGGAGUUAGUAAUAACUCUUUUCCGGACCCGUCUUCUGGACUUCCAUUCUUCAAUUUGCCCCUAAACAUGCCUCAGUUACCUGUUGAUGGUUGGGCUGGGAACUCCGGUGGAAGGCAAUCUUACUGAUCCAAUUAGUUUGGGGCACAAAGGUGAGAAGUUGAAUUGAUCACAUAUAUAUUGCUCUCUCUAAAUUUCCUUCUUUCCUUUGAAUUGUUUGUGAAGAAGUACUGAUUUUUCUAUUGAAGACUCAUUUUGUUUGGCUAGGUAUGUUUUAAGGACUCAGUUUCUCUAGCUAGGAACAACUGUAAAACGUUUCUUUUGGUUGUUGGAGUUGUUAGACUAGACUGUUGUGCAUUAACCUUGAGUUGAAUAAAUCAUAGGCUCAAAUCAAUAACAAAAAUAUAUAUUUUGGACUAUGAA